GUUCUGCGCUGGUUGUUUACAUUACUGAAAUGUAAACAACAUGGCUGCGCCCUUGAGUUUCGCAGAACUCUGUGUGUUCUCGCGUUUAACUCGCGUUUUUGACAUAUCCAGCGCUGUCAUACCAACAAUCUAGUCUUGUCCGUCUCCGUGUGAAAGGCUUGCGCUUCCAGGAUGUGUGCAGAGCGUAGUUAUGCCAGGAGCAUUUCGCUACCGCCGGACGAAGUGUUUCGCAACCUGAGAAACGCCAAGAGAUUUGCGAUGGACAUAGGUGGGUCCCUCGCUAAGUUGGCGUACUACUCCACGGUGGAGCGAAGCCGAGCGUUUGUAAGUGCCAGCAGUGGUGGGGAUGAUGGUGAAGGGCAGGAUGACCACCACCUGUAUGAGAUUCAGGAACAGAAUGAGAUCGGAGCGCGGAUCCACUUCGUGAAGUUCGAGAUGACGUAUUUUGAGAAGUGUCUGGACUUUAUCCAGGAGAACCUGGUGUCCAGCCGCGGGGAGAUGAUGGGGAAAGUGGUGAAGGCCACGGGAGGGGGGGCACACAAGUACACCAACCUCAUCAGGGACAAGCUGGGACUAGAGUGUGACAAGGAAGAUGAGAUGCAGUGCCUGAUCCAGGGGUGCAUCUUUGUGCUGAGGAACAUCACGAAUGAGGCGUUUGAAUACCAGCGCCACAGUCCCCAGCCUUACAAGUUCCAAACCAUGGACGCUGACAUCUUCCCUUUCCUACUGGUCAACAUUGGCUCUGGGGUCAGCAUUGUGAAGGUGGAGUCCCAUGACAAGUAUGAAAGAAUAGGAGGAAGUUCUAUAGGAGGAGGCAGUUUCCUUGGACUGGGCUGCAAACUCACUAAAGCUAAGAAUUUUGAUGAGCUGCUGCAGCUGGCCAGCCAGGGAGACCACAGAAACGUGGACAUGUUAGUGAAGGAUAUCUACGGGGGAGCCUACUCCGCACUGGGCCUGCCAGGAGACCUCAUAGCCUCCAGCUUCGGCAAGAUGGUGUCGGCUAAGGACGGUGAAGGUCAAGAGUUUGAAGAGAGGGACAUAGCGAAGAGCCUGCUGCACACCAUCAGUAAUGACAUCGGCCAGAUUGCCUGCCUGUACGCCCAGUUACACGGACUGAAGAAGAUCUACUUUGGUGGUUUCUUCAUCCGUGGACACCCUGUCACCAUGCACACCAUCACAUAUGCUAUCAACUUCUGGUCCAGGGGCACUUUACAGGCCUUAUUCUUGAGGCACGAGGGCUACUUGGGAGCCAUAGGGGCUUUUCUGAAGGGCGCAGAAGAAGAUGAUGCUGAGAAGUACUGUUGGGGAGAGAACUAUGCUGGGAGUUCCGGUCUACACAGCACCUCCCCUCCACCAGACUUUAUUCCACGGGACAGGACAGCAUCAUUUGACAGGUUUGAGCUGGACCGUCUGGAGCGGCCUCUGGUGUCCCUGCCGUCCCUGUUGGACUCGCCUAGUUACUUCCCCGACACAGUGGACCUCACCGAGGACCCAGAUGCCAGGAAGUACUGGCUGGACUGCUUUGAGGAGGCCCUUGGCAAGGUUGCAGCCAGAGCUGUAGCCAGUCAGCCCACCAGAGAUGAUGCCAAGAUGAGGGCUGAACAGUUCAUUGCCAAGUACAACAAGCGGCUGGAGACACUGAGGGAACAUCCCUUUGCCUAUGGGUCCUUGACUGUGAGGAGCCUCCUGGACACUCGUGAGCAGUGUCUGAACGAAUUCCACUUCGCUGACCCUUAUCAGCAUAUCAAACAGCAAGAGAACGAGGCUGCCCUGCGCAUCCUCCCUGAGCGCCUGCAGCACCUGGACAGCCUGGAGUUCCAGGCACGGCAGGUGGCCCUGGCGGAGGGCCUGUUGGCUGGGAACGUGUUUGACUGGGGGGCAAAAGCAAUCACCAGAUUAAUGGAAGGGGGUGAUAGCUUUGGUUUUGAGGAAGCCAUGUCAAAAUUACAAGCUCGUCCCUGGCUUGUAGAUGAUUUAGACCCUUGGCUGGAAAGAUUACAGGACCAUCCCCAUAAGUGUGCCCUGAUCUUUGCUGACAACAGUGGACUGGACAUCAUCCUGGGAGUGUUUCCCUUUGCCAGGGAGAUGGUUCUGAGGGGGACACAGGUCAUUCUGUGUGCAAACUCUAAGCCAGCCCUGAAUGAUGUGACAUAUGGGGAACUGAAAAUCCUGGCAAAGAAGGUGGCAGAAUUGUGCCCUACAAUACGGACUGCACUGUCAGAAGGUCACUUGAAAGUCAUGGCUUCUGGAGCUGCUUCACCCUGUCUGGACCUGAGCCGUAUAGAUGAGAUGCUGUCUCAGGAGUGCCAGAGAAGAGGUGUAGAUCUGGUGGUGUUAGAGGGGAUGGGCCGGGCCAUCCACACCAACUAUCACGCUGCCUUCUCCUGCGAGUCACUCAAACUGGCCGUGCUCAAGAACAAGUGGCUGGCUAACAGACUAGGUGGAGAUGUUUUCAGCGUGAUUUUUAAGUACACAAAGGGGUCAAAGGUUGAGGGCAUGACCCCCAGCAGGAAUAUAGGUUCCCUACAGACCAGGAAGAGUCCAGAAACAGACAGGUGACACCCUCACCAACCAUGACACAUCCUCUACAGUGCAAUAUCAAGUACACAGAAUCCUAUGGACUGCUGGGCUAGGACAGUUUACUAGGAAUGUUCUUCAGUUUGGCCAUGACAACCUUUAAGGUUUAUCAGUGAGAACCGUAAAGAGAUUUUAAAAAUCUUCAUCCUGCUGAAAUAACCUGUCGGCACCAGAUUUUAUUAGCUACAUGUUAGGCAGCUGGGAGAAGGUUUAAGUGCUAAUAAAGUGACAUUUUCCAAGAAGAUUGGUGACUUGAGAAGAGGAGUGAGACUGACAAAAGAUGGUAUGACAUUUGGACCCUUUAGCGAAAAGCACAUGUACAAUGGUCUCUUGAUCUCAUAGUCCAUUGCGCAGUUUGUAUUUUACAGAGAAAUACACAAUGUCAUGUAUCUGCUGGUGUAUUGAGAGCCACAUGUAGCUGUGGAUCAGGACAGAUUUUUUAGCACUAAUAUUUAGUAACUUUCUGUUUCACAUAAAAGGGGCAGCAUAGAAAACUCAGUCUACUAGGUAACACACUGGAAUGCAUGUUCCAGUUGUAUCAAGUAAUAUUAUUAUGUUAAUUCUGAAUAUUAGUACAUUUAUAUGAUUUACUGCCCUAGCUUGCCAAAUUGUAACAACUUAAUUGAUCAGAGAUUAUGGAAUAAGCAUGCGUGAGGUUAAUACAGGUCCUAACAUGUUUUGUUUAACUUUAAAUCUCAAGGGCAAACCUUUGAUAGAUUGCCCACAAUACAUCACACUGUGCACACACAGUUUGAACCAUGAAAUGGCUUGUAGUUGGAUCAUUUCCCAGAAAUGAAAAAAAAAGACAACUUUAAGACCAGGAGAAUGGUUUAUUUGUUUAAAUCUCUACAAGUCUGAGGUAAAUGCAUCACAAUCCUGGGAGACCCAACAUUUUAGUUUUACAUGUAACAACAAUUAGGCUAUCUUUUGAUAAUGCAUAUCAAAGACAAACAAGAAAAUCAUAUGUAACUAGUCCAUCUAAUACAUGUUGUGAAAGUGUUUCCACAUUACACACAAUCUUAUUAUAUCUAAAUUUUAUUCCUUUGACAACACUAUUUACACAAAUGUAACCUUUAACUUGCUGUUUAACCUCGUAAAAAAUAUGGAUACCAUUGCUGAAACGGUCUUGUAACAAAGAAA